AUGAGCCAACAACCCACAAUUAGCAAGUUUUUCAAAUCUGUGAAAAAAAGUAAUCAAAUAAUAUCUAAUGCUAAAGCUGUCAGAAAAAUUGAGAAAAGUACUACACCAUCAUUAAAUGUAGAAGUGAUAGAUGAUGAGGAGGAUGAGGAUUAUACUCAAGAAAAGAAGGGAUUUAAUGAUGAUAUACCUAAGAAUGAAGUGUCAAAGUCCGUACCAAUAAUCGAAGAUUUAACUAAUAAUAACUGUCAUAAUAUAGAUAUCACCGAGGUAUCUGGUGGCAAAUUAGAAAAUAGCAACGAAUCAACUUCAGUUAAAAAUAAAGAUGAUCAUGGUACUAUUUUUAACUCUGAAAUAGAUAAUAAAAAUCGCAAGAAGGGCACUUCAGGCUCCAAAAAUUUACUUCAUUCUAAAAAGAGAGAGAAGUGCUCAAUAGUCAUUGAAGAAAACCCUAACAAAAAGUUUAAGCUGGAUGCUCCAAUUUACAAACGUAAGUCAAAGUUAUCAACAUCAGCCAUUAUAUUAAACGACAAAUCUGAUACGUACUCUUUAGCAACUGUGAAAUCAACUGCAAAAUUAACUGCAAAAUUAACUGCAACAUCAAAGCUAACUCCAUUAGAUCAGCAGGUCAAGGAUUUAAAAAUAAAUAAUAUGGAUAAAGUUCUCGUAAUUAGGGUAGGAUAUAAAUACAAAUGUUUUGCCGAAGAUGCGGUAAAGGUGAGUAAUAUUUUACAUAUAAUGCUAGUACCUGGAAAACUAACUAUCGAUGAAUCUAAUCCAAAAGAUUCGGAACAUAAGCAAUAUGCUUAUUGUUCUUUUCCAGAUACUAGGUUGAAUGUGCAUUUAGAAAGACUGGUUCGCAAUAAUUUAAAAGUUGGUGUUGUGGAACAAUUCGAAACAACAGCAAUAAAAAAGUUAUCUUCUACAUCUAAUAAGAGCUCAGUUUUUGAAAGGAGAAUCGCGAAUACUUAUUCAAAGGCAACGUUUGGUAUUAAUACACCAUUUAAAUGUGAAGGAAAGCAUGUAAUUGGUAAUCUAAAUAGUAUUUGGUGUAUAUCAAUUGAAAAUAUAUCCAAUACUCUAAAUAACUAUAAAUUAUUUUCAGUGAAUCUAAAUAGUGGUGAAAUUAUUUACGAUACAUUUGAAGAAUUCCCAAAAAACCCGCAACAACUUUUAACAAGGAUUAAAUACUUACAGCCGGUUGAGAUUAUAACUUUAAAGGGGUCUUUGGAUAUUAAACUGUUUGAAAAGGAUACUAUAACAAUAAUUAAUAAAUCUGAAGAUGAAUAUAAUUCAAUCAUUCCUAAUGAGAAAUUAGAUACUUUCUUAGUAGAAAAUAAAAUUGAAGAGAAAACUAUAGAGAAUUCUUCAGUCAUUUUACAAUUUUUAUAUGACUAUCUGCAACAAUAUAAUAACCAAGAUAUUUUACUAAUUAAAGAUAAUUAUAAAUCAUUUGUAUCAACACAACAUAUGCUUCUCAGUUCGAAAACAAUAGAUACGUUAGAUAUAUUUUCCAAUAAUGGAAGCAAGGGAUCUCUCUAUUGGAUAUUAGAUCAUACCAGGACACCUUUUGGAUCAAGAACACUACUAGAUUGGAUAUCUAGGCCACUUUUAAAUGCCGAAGAGAUAAAUGAUAGGCUUGAUGCUGUUGAAUGUAUGAAAAAUAUAAUUUCACAACAUUUUUUUGAAUCAAUCGGCAAUCUUCUGAAAGGGAUGCCAGAUUUGUUACGUGCUUUGAAUAGGAUUGCUUAUGGUUCGAUUUCGAAGAAAGAAUUAUAUUUUUUUCUAAAGCAAUUCAAUAUGUUGGAAGAGUUACUUGACUUACAUUCAGAUUUUAUUGAAAGAGAAAUUUUAUCAAGCACUAACUCUAUUAAAUCUGAUAUGAUUCGAAAUAUAUUUAUCUCUAUCAAUUUAAGAAUUAAAGAAACUAGCAUUUCCAACUUAUUAUCCAUGAUUAAUGUUUCUUCUGUGCUUGAUAAAUCAGUUGAAAAGCAAACAUUAGAAUUUUUUAAUUUAAAUAACUACGAUAAUCCUGAUAAAAUCAUUCAAAGGCAAAGAGAUAUUGAAGGCAUUAAGUCUGAGUUAGAUGAAGAAUUGAAAAUUAUCCGUAAGCAAUUAAAAAGACCUCAUUUGAAUUAUAAAGAUGAGAAAGACUAUCUAAUUGAAGUCCGCAAUAGUCAAGUUAAGGGUUUGCCAUCUGACUGGAUAAAAAUAAGUUCUACAAAAAUGGUCGGUAGGUUUCAGACACCUAAUGUAACUAAGUUAUUAGAGAGACUACAAUACCAGAAAGAUAUGUUACAACUUGAUUGUGAGCAGGAAUACUCUAGAUUUGUUGAUAUUAUUAACAAAAAGUAUCCGCUUCUUAGAGAUAUUAUCAAUAAUCUUGGGGUAUAUGAUUGUAUAUUAGCUCUUGCGGCAGUCUCUUGUAAUGUAAAUUACACUAGACCUAUUAUUAAUGAUAAAUAUCAACACAUUAUUGGGAAAAAUUCAAGAAAUCCAAUUGUUGAAUCCUUAGAUAUAAAAUACGUUCCAAAUGAUAUCAAUAUUACGUCAACUAAUGCUAUUAAUAUUAUCACUGGACCAAAUAUGGGUGGGAAAUCAACAUAUAUUAGACAAGUUGCAUUGUUAGUGAUACUUGCACAGGUUGGAUCUUAUGUUCCAGCAGAUUUUCUUGAGUUAAGUAUAUUUGAUAAUAUUUCCACUAGAAUAGGUGCAUAUGACGAUCUUAUUAGAGGUGAAUCCACAUUUAUGAUUGAAUUGAAUGAAAUUAAAGAGAUUUUAGAUACAUACUCUAGUAAAUCGUUACUUUUAUUGGAUGAAGUAGGACGAGGUACAUCCACUAUUGAUGGUAAAGCAAUCUCAUCAUCACUAAUAAAAUAUUUUAUAGAGACACAAGAUUGUCCAUUAAUCUUCUUUACAACUCACUAUCCUGUUCAAGACAUUUCUAGUUCAACUAUAAAGAACUAUUUUAUGGAUUAUAUUGAAGAAAUGAAGCCAGGAGAAACCUGGAGAAGUAUCACUUUUCUUUACAAGUUAAAAAAUGGUAUAUCAGAGGGCUCCUUUGGUUUGAAUGUUGCUAAGCUGGCGCAAAUCAAUGAGAAGAUUUUAACUAAAGCUCAAGAGCUUUCAGUUUCCAUGAAAACAACAUAUGAACUUAACUCUGAUUUAGAAUUAUUAAUGGCUUUAAAAAGGAUAUUACACCAAGAUAGAUUAUCAGCUAGUGAAAAGUUUUCUCAUUUAUUGGAUAUUGAUAACUCAGAUGAUAUUUAA